AAGCGCUACGAAAACGCGCCAAAAGCAGCCAAUAUGGCGUCGGAGCUGCGUGACGUCACUUCGUUACUGUUGGUGAUAGUACUGUGAUAGAUCAAGCCAUAGAAGUUUGUAUGCAAACCAGUAAUAAUUUAUAUUAUAAUAAAGAUAUGGAUAAAGUACGAGCCUACCGACGGUGCUUUGUACCAAUGUGUAAGAAUACACAAAAAAUAACACCAAACAAGGUGUUUGUAAGUGUACCGCAGGACAAAACUAGACGGCAACUGUGGUUCAAACUUGCCCGUCGUAUAGAUGAACCAACAUCGUCAAAUUAUUAUUGUUGCGAAGAUCAUUUUCAUUUGAAAGAAGAUAUGGAAAAUUUUAUGAUUUUCAAAUUAAUGGGAGCACCAAUAAAAAUGAAGAAACAUGCAGCACCUCAUAUUUUUGAUUGUCAACCUGACCGUCGAAUAGCUGCAAGUACUCACGACCGAGUUGCAUUUAAAAAAUUAAAUCAUAAAAGAAUGAUAUCCGAAAUACUAUCUCAUUGCGAAACUCAUGAAACCAAUGAAAAUAGAUCACCAAAUGUUAAAAGUAACAAUGAAAUAGUUCCAAAAAAAGUAUGCAAACAAAAAGAAAUUUCAACAAAUGAAAACUGUGCUUCGAUAAGUUUUUCAAUACUUACAGAAAAUAAUAAAAUAAACAAUGAAAUUGAUUUUUCAAAUAUACCGAGCAAAUCAGAUAGUAUUAAUAUUGAAAAAAGCAAUGCAGUUCCAUUAAUCGUUACAGAAAAAGAAGGAGAAGUAUUAUUGCAAUCGAAUGACAAAAUAGAAAUUAAUAAGAAGUGUACUUGGGAUAAAGAAAACAAGAACACGAAGGUUUUUUUUAGAAGUAAAAAAAUUCAAUGCAAUAUAAAGUGCAGUACUGUUGAAGAAAGUUGCCAAACACUGCCUAAUACUGUAAAUAAAAUGUGUUCACCCAUUAAUGUACCAACGGAGAGUGACAAUAGCAGUGCAGUUGUAAUCGAUUCUUCCAAAACGAUUACAACUGGUACUACUGGGAGCGAAUAUGAACCAUGUCAUGAAGAUUAUUUGCAGUAUUGUGAAGAACAAGACCUACAAGCAAAAAGAAGCGCUUUACAUUUAACAAAUUAUUUUAUUAGCACACAGACAAAACAAUACAUUGGAAUUCCAAAUGACUGGUUAUGGAUUGUUGAUGAACUGCAUAAACGCACUUGUUUAUCAACAGAAAAUAUAAAAUUGACUUUGAUGAAAAUCAAACUGAAUGACAAUUUUGUAAGAUUAGGUAACCAAUUUGGAAUCAGCACAGCAGAAGCAUCAAAAAUUUUUCAAGACAGUGUACCAAAAUUAUGUCAUUUCUUAAAAACUCUUAUUUAUUGUCCUCCUAGAGAAAGCGUUAAAAUGGCAUUAUCUAUACCGUUUCGUGCAAAUUUUGCUCACGUUUAUGGAAUAAUUGACUGUUUCGAAAUUCAAAUCGAGAAACCAUCAAACGCUCUUCAACAGUCUUUAACGUGGUCAGAAUAUAAAAAGUGCAAUACAUUGAAGUAUUUAAUAUGUUGUACACCGGAUGGAUUAAUUUUAUUUCUUCUGGUUAUGGAGGUCGAGUAAAUGAUGUUGAGUUGUUUGAACAAUGCGGUAUAAUGGAUGUUUGCCAAAAAAAUAUGGAAUUAUGGCAGAUCGUGGUUUUAAGCAGAUUCAAACAUCUUUAAAUAAAAUUCAGUGCGAACUUAUAAGAUCUCCUAGUGUAAAAAGUGGAAGUAAAUCGUCUAAGACAGAAGUAAUGUUAACAAAGCGUAUAGCAAGUUUAAGAAUUCAUGUAGAACGUGUGAUAAGAAGACUACAAGAAUUUUCACUUUUGGAACCACAUUCUACUUUAAACCAUAACAUCAUGCCAUACAUAGAUGAUGUUGUUCGUAUUGUAGCAGCUUUAAUAAACCUCCUAGCACCUAUUAUAAGAACAUAAUAAUUUAUAAUUAUUAAUAUAAAAUUAUAUUAUA